AUGCGACGCUUCUAUGGUGAUACCGAUGAAUUGGCACAAAAUAAUCACAAUGUACGAGACUUCAAUAACGAACAAGAUAGUGAUGAGGAUGAUGACACUCUCAUCAAACGAUUGGAAUAUCUUCUAAAGAAAUCUUUGGACCUUAGUGUUGCAAAGAGAGCGACAGGCACGGUCAAAUGGUACAAUGACGAGAAAGGUUAUGGUUUUAUUGAACAAGAUGGCGGUGGUCCAGAUGUUUUUGUUCAUUUUACUGCAAUCAACAGCAGUGGAUUUAGAACCUUGGAAGAAAAUCAGCAGGUUACGUUCGACGUAACUCAGGGUCCGAAAGGUCCAGAAGCAGAAAAUGUUACACCAGCGUAG